UACUAGUAAUUUUCUUCACUUUCCAUCACUCACAGCCUCAAACAGCACAAUCCCAAACAGACCGGAAACCACCAAUCCAAUGCCUUAUCAUUAGCCCUCUUUUUCUUUUCCACCUAAAUCAAAUCAAAGCCCAAUUCUUCUCCCUCAAUUCCAUCUAUGGCGACCAAAAUCCAACCCAGUACCAAUAACCAGACUCUUCUUCUGGGUCGGUACGAGAUCGGCAAGCUUCUUGGCCAUGGAACCUUCGCCAAGGUCUACCAUGCCCGUAAUGUUAAGACCAACGAGAGCGUUGCCAUCAAAGUUAUUGACAAAGAGAAGAUUCUUAAGGGGGGUCUUAUGGCUCAUAUCAAGCGUGAAAUCUCCAUUCUCCGCCGUGUUCGCCACCCUAAUAUAGUUCAGCUUUUUGAGGUCAUGGCCACCAAGGCCAAGAUCUAUUUCGUUAUGGAAUACGUUCGCGGUGGUGAAUUGUUUAAUAAGGUCGCUAAGGGAAGGUUAAAAGAGGAGGUGGCUCGGAAAUAUUUCCAGCAAUUGAUAUCUGCUGUCUCGUUUUGUCAUGCCAGAGGCGUGUUUCAUCGAGAUCUCAAGCCGGAAAAUCUCUUGCUUGAUGAGAAUGGUAACUUGAAAGUCUCUGAUUUCGGCCUUAGUGCGGUCUCCGAUCAGAUUAGACAAGAUGGUUUGUUUCAUACAUUUUGUGGGACACCGGCAUAUGUUGCGCCGGAAGUUCUGGCGAGAAAAGGGUACGAUGCUGCGAAAGUGGAUAUCUGGUCUUGUGGGGUGAUUUUGUUUGUGUUGAUGGCUGGUUACUUGCCAUUCCAUGACCAGAAUAUCAUGGUCAUGUACAAGAAGAUCUAUAAGGGUGAGUUUAGGUGUCCUAGAUGGUUCUCUCAGGAGCUCAUUAGACUCCUCUCGAGGCUUCUUGACACAAACCCUGAAACUCGAAUCACGAUCCCCGAGAUAAUGGAGAAUAAGUGGUUCAAAAAGGGGUUCAAGCAUAUCAAAUUUUACAUUGAGGAUGAUAAAGUUUUUAGUUUUGACGUUGAGGGAGAACAGGAUGAUGCGGGCUCCUCCUCCGACCAAUCACUGUCCGAAUCAGAAUCUGAAAUGGAAACUCGAAGAAGGGUUACUUCAUUACCUAGACCUGCAAGUUUGAAUGCUUUUGACAUUAUAUCCUUCUCGCCUGGGUUUGAUUUAUCUGGGUUGUUUGAAGAGGGUGGAGAGGGAUCGAGAUUUGUUUCAGGGGCUCCUGUAUCCAAGAUUAUAUCAAAACUGGAGGAAAUUGCUAAAGUUGUGAGUUUUACAGUGAGGACAAAGGAUUGCAGAGUAAGUUUGGAAGGGUCUAGAGAAGGUGUCAAAGGUCCAUUAACAAUUGCAGCUGAGAUAUUUGAGUUAACACCAAAAUUAGUGGUGGUGGAGGUUAAGAAGAAAGGAGGGGAUAGAGGGGAGUAUGAGGAGUUCUGUAACAAGGAAUUGAAGCCUGGGUUGCAGAAGUUGAUGCAGGAGGAAUCUGAAACUGCUGAAGCUGCUUCUUCACAAUCACCUACUGAAGCUUUACAAGUACCUACUGAACCAUUACCCCCUGAUUCUACACAUUUACCUUCGGAUACUGAAUAGAGAGAGAAAAGAAAAGGGUAUGCUUUUCUCUCUCCUUUUGCUAAUUUGCUUUGCUAAAGCUUUGUAUGAUAUUAUUUUUUUUUCUUGGUUUUUUUCAUUUUCUUUGAUUUUUCUGUUGUGCUUCUUAGGUGAUUAGCUGCUAAUAUAUUACAUAUCCUUUUCUUGUAUCGAGAAAGAGUAGAGUAGAUUAAAGAGAAUGGAAUACACUUUUCUGCUUGUCCUGGCAAUUUUAGUGAUGACUUGUGUGUGUCAUAUAUAUGUAUCAUAAAUGAGGGAAUGAAGUUUCCUUUUAGAA